UCUGCAACGAGAGUGUGUGCGCGCAAGUUUUCGCCCGGCCCUCCUCCUCCUCCCCCCGCAGUUUGAGAGCCACUGCUUGGGCUGGUGCAGUCUGUGGGAUGGGGGGUUAGAGCCUGCAACGUCAACUACCUGUGUGGCCCCCGCACGGAGGACGGUGGACAGGGGAUGCGUUUGGUGGAGGAGUUUUAUCCGAAACUCGAAUGCCUCCUCAGCAUUUUAUCGGGCAUGCCGACGUCACGUUUCACAGCCAGCACAAAAGCAGGCAUUGCAUGUGCCACCUUUAUUCUGUGAACAUGUCUUUGUGAGAGGCUGGCUCGUCUCCCUCGCCGGGAUUCCCCGCAACAUUUUCUACAAGAGACCAGGAGGAGGCAACAAGGACAACAUGGACAAGGAAAGUAUUGGUGCUCAAUAUGAGGCCGUGGCUGAGAUUGGAGAAGGUGCUUAUGGGAAAGUGUACAAAGCCAGGGACCUGAAGAACGGAGGACGCUUUGUAGCCCUGAAGAGAGUUCGCGUCCAGACGGAGGAAGAGGGGAUGCCGCUGUCCACCAUCCGGGAGGUGGCGGUACUGAGGCAGCUGGAGGCCUUCGAGCACCCCAAUGUUGUGAGGUUAUUUGAUGUUUGUACGGUUUCUCGGACAGACAGGGAAACCAAACUCACUCUGGUCUUUGAGCAUGUGGAUCAGGACCUGACCACCUACCUGGAGAAGGCUCCUGACCCCGGAGUACCACCGGAGACCAUUAAGGAUAUGAUGUUCCAGCUUCUUCAGGGUUUGGACUUCCUGCAUUCACACCGCGUGGUUCACCGGGACCUGAAACCCCAAAACAUUCUGGUCACCAGCGGAGGACAGAUCAAACUGGCCGACUUCGGGCUGGCACGCAUCUACAGCUUUCAGAUGGCGCUUACGUCUGUGGUGGUGACGCUGUGGUACCGGGCCCCAGAAGUGCUGCUCCAGUCCAGUUAUGCUACACCAGUGGACCUGUGGAGUGUUGGCUGCAUCUUUGCAGAGAUGUUCAGGAGAAGACCCCUUUUUAGAGGGAACUCAGAUGUUGAUCAGCUGGGGAAGAUAUUUGACGUGGUUGGGGUACCUUCAGCAGAAGACUGGCCCCAGGAAGUGGCUUUACCACAGAGUGCCUUCACACCUCGACCCCCAAAGCCAAUAGAAGACCUGGUUCCUGAGAUAGAUGAGCAAGGACGAGCCUUGUUACUGCAGUUCCUGGCCUUCAACCCCUCCAGGAGAAUAUCAGCAUUCGCCGCGUUGACUCAUCCGUACUUUCAAAGCGUGGACAGCCUCAGCCGAAGUGUGUACAUGACCCAACCCAUCCCCACCAACAAGCCCACUAUGGAGGAGAGGACGGCCUGACGCUCCCCCUCUACCUUCAGUCAUCCCAAACAUGUUUGGUUUGCAAAAAUUAAUUCAACAAUUAAGCUUUUAGACACUGAUGUAAGAAAUAAAAUCUGAUUGAAAACAAAUCCACCGGGGCCUUCGAUGUUCUGUUAAACACAUUAAAGGCUCUAACAUGAUAUUUGGAUAGAUUUUAGUUAUUUUAUUUGCCUUUUAACAGCUGCAUCAGUGAAAAGUAGUUAACAUGAGGAUGUUUACAUCACUGCCUUUUGGUGUUUGAUGGGAUUUGUUUCUUUCAGAUUUUUCUCUGGUUUUUAGUGUCAAAAAUUCAGUUGCUGUGUUCAGUUGAACGCAAAACGUACUUAAAUGAAAGGCCUUUUUGUUUUUGUCGAUGCUUCAGAAAAGACUGAGCACAGGUGUCGUUAGGGCACAAAAACUGUCCUUCACUGAAGCGAUGGAUCAAAUUUGCUGCUUUUAGGUUGAAUCAUUUUGACUGUGUAACAAUGCAAAAACACCUCCGACUAUCAGCGUGACUUGUAGUCGGAAAGCCAGGCGGCCUGUGGAGGCCAUCGGCCUCUGACCAGUGUUUCGACCUGUGAGAGUCCUUGAAGCCUGGAGGACCUGGAGAGGAGUCUGCGUGGAUCUUACCUGCCUUCAAGCUCACCGUGGAACACCGAUAUAAGCAUGUUCCUGUAAAGACACUGCAACAUCACCAGGACUAAGCCAGCCAAACACUGCCAAGCUCUCUGUCACUCCAGUUCUACUCACUGCUGCCACCUUGUAUAUUUAAAGAGGAACUGCAAACAAGCCUUUAGCAGGAUUCUAAUGGUUGCUGUACUCUUGGAGGAUUUCUUGAUGAACCUGGUGCUGAGACAAUGGUCUAAGACUUCUGAAUUAUCCUGCCAUUUAUUUUAAGACUUUUUAAAGUCCGUUUACUCUGAAAUCCAGUCAAUUACAAUCCAGUUGAGAAUUUAAUGCGCAGGUUUGCAAUUGGAGAAAAGUCCCACCAGGAUGAUUCAUCAUUAAAACAUUUGGUAAAGUUCUGUCACCAUUCUGUAUUUAAUUUUAAUGUUCUCGUUACUUGAUUGUGUUGUUUUCGAUACUGGAGCAUACUAUAUUCUUACACCACAGACACCAACUAUAGAUGGUAGAGUUUGUGUGGCUAUACUUUGGUACUGUACUGUGCUAGCUGCAGUGAUAGAAACCUGGUUAAAGAGGGUAGCGUAGAGAGGAAUGUGGUAUGAUGGGUGGAUGCUUACCAGGAGUGUGGCGGAGCAACUUAUAGUAGUUUCGUACUGAAGUCAUGCACACGUUUUUUUUUCAUGAUUUUUGCUGUUUUAUCGCAGUUCCGUUUCUACUAGCAAAACAAAAGCAAUUUAUGCAGAAGCGUUUUUAUGUGUUGUAGUUCUUGCAAAGCAGUAAUAUUUUAACACUGGUUCUUUACAGUUAGUCCUAUUAGCACACACAGACUUCAACUUUCUCAGGUUCUUUUUUUUUUUCUGGACGUCCAAACCUUUCGGGCACAGUUUGCACAACUCUGGGCUACUAAACAUUCACAACGUCUUAAUGUUUGUUUGUUUUUCCAACUGUCUUUAAUCAAGGUUUACUGGCAUUACUAUUUAUCAGAGUUAUGUUACUGUAGUCAUUACUGUUUGAUGGUAACUGCCUUCAUAGACCGUUAUUACCAGUGAUGCUUUAUUGCUGCAAGGGAAACAACUUCCUGCAUAACAACCCUGAGUUCUGUUUGUGUCUAAUGCUGCGUAUGGAAACGCUAUAGAAAUAGUGGUUUACAAUAUAAACACCCACUUUUUUACUAUCAUUACAGUCAUUACAACCACUCUGUACUUAUAUGAUUCAAGCAUUUUGUAACACAUUUCAGUCCAAUAACAGCUUUUAUAUUUUAGCAGUGUUUUGAUACCAUUAUGGCCUAAUACAUCGUAUCAGUACAGUUCAUGUAUGGAUGCAUUAGUGUUAUUAUAUUUUUGCUGCACCAGACAAAUAAAUAACUUUUUUGUAAACAAA